AAAUUAUCUAUAACUUUCACCACCCAGCGUCGGGUGUCGUUUCUUUAAAGCCUUUCCCUCCUUAAACCUUUGAUUUCUAGGUGCAGACUGCAGGGAAACUGAAAAACCGUAGUUUCGCUUGUCUUCGAUAACCGAAAAUGACCGCCGAAGCCGUGAAUCCGAAAGCGUACCCACUGGCCGAUGCCCAGCUCACAAUAACCAUUCUAGACCUUAUUCAACAAGCUGCCAACUACAAACAGCUGAAAAAGGGUGCAAAUGAAGCUACCAAGACGCUCAACAGGGGCAUAUCAGAGUUCAUAGUAAUGGCAGCUGAUACUGAGCCGCUCGAAAUUCUUCUCCACCUUCCUCUACUCGCCGAAGAUAAGAAUGUGCCCUAUGUCUUUGUUCCUUCCAAGCAAGCCCUUGGCAGAGCAUGUGGAGUCACAAGACCUGUGAUUGCUUGUUCUGUGACGAGCAACGAAGGAAGCCAGUUGAAAUCCCAAAUACAGCAACUGAAGGAUGCCAUUGAGAAACUCCUAAUCUAAAAUAGCAGAUGAUGUCUUUUCAGUAUGAUGGGCCUCUCAGAUCCUAUAACUUGGUCUGAAGGCUUUGACUGAUGCAAGUUGUGUCACUAGGGUGUUUGUACUCCCCAUAAUUAGCGAUUUUAUUCUUCCUUUUCAACGAAUGGAAGCACGUUACAGUUAGAGUUAAUAGAAACUCAUUGUUGUAGAUUGCUUAAAGUUAUUAUCAGGUGUCUUACAUGCUAUGAAUGGAGUGAGAACUAUGUUGAGAAUGAGAUUCACUUGUAGAACUCAAUUCAGGUU